UUUAUCGCCAGAGGGAGAUAAUUGGUUAGCCUACUUGAAGCAUCCGGGAACCUCGCCAUAGUAGUAGACAUGGCGGGUAUCAACCUGGCUAAAUGACGAAAUAAAUUUUGUUUGCUAAUAUAAGAACGUGUUAAUUUCAUAGUAAAAGUGUUGAUACUGAAAGACUAAUUAAGUUGUAUUGGAUUAGGACAAAAAUGCAGAAUGUCGGACAGUCUGAAAACCGAAAUAUCGAUAAGGUGAAUGUGCAACUUGAUGUGGUAAAAUCAUCCACUCCUCAGAGUUCGGCUUCAAGUCCAGCCAAAUCUGAAACCGAAACGUAUUCUGGAGUGCCUGCCAAAUACAUGACGGACUCUUCGGAAAGCGAGGAUGAUUCUGUAUCCGAGAUCUUGCUGGCUUGUUUGUGCCUAAGCAGGCCAGACCUGUUGCAGGAGAUGGAAGAGGAAGCCGGUGCUGCGGAGUCAUCUAAGUUCCUACUCUCCCAUGAUGAUCCUGAAAGAGCAGUUGAUCCCGAGAUGCAAGCUCGGCUUGAAACACUCUUAGAAGUAGCUGGCAUCGGCAAGUUGUCGGGCGAGGGCAAACACCUCGCGGAUCCCGAGGUGCUGCGGCGGCUGACGUCGUCUGUGUCUUGCGCGCUGGACGAGGCGGCGGCCGCGCUGACGCGCAUGCGCAGCGACCAGCCCCCCGCGCACCACCGUCACCACCACCAGGAUAAACCUACACAAUGCGCGCUGAAUCUGAACGGCGGCGUGGUGGUGACGGGGGUAGGCGUGGGCGCGGACGGCGCACCUUCGCUGGCGGAGGCGUGCUCCGAUGGCGACGUGGGCACCGUGCGCAAGCUGCUCACCGAAGGCCGGUCCGUUCAUGAGACCACGGAGGAAGGCGAAUCCCUCCUUUCCCUCGCCUGCUCAGCGGGCUACUAUGAGCUGGCUCAGGUGUUGCUCGCUAUGCACGCCAGCGUCGAAGACCGCGGCAUCAAGGGUGAUUGCACGCCCCUGAUGGAGGCGGCGAGCGCGGGUCACGUGGACAUAGUGCGGCUGCUGGUGGCGCACGGCGCGGAUGUGAACGCGGUGUCGGGGUCCGGCAACACGCCGCUCAUGUACGCCUGCGCCGGCGGCCACGAGGACUGCGUGCGCGCGCUGCUCGACAACGGCGCCAAUGUUGAAGACCACAACGAGAACGGACAUACACCGCUCAUGGAGGCGGCGUCUGCCGGACACGUGGGCGUGGCUAAGAUCCUCCUGGAGCACGGUGCGGGCAUCAACACGCACUCGAACGAGUUCAAGGAGUCGGCGCUGACGCUGGCCUGCUACAAGGGCCACCUCGACAUGGUGCGCUUCCUGCUGGCGGCCGGCGCGGACCGCGAGCACAAGACCGAUGAGAUGCACACCGCCCUCAUGGAGGCCAGCAUGGACGGACACGUAGAGGUCGCACGCCUCCUGCUCGACUCCGGCGCACAGGUGAACAUGCCGACUGACAGCUUCGAAUCGCCCCUGACGCUGGCGGCGUGCGGCGGGCACGUUGAGCUGGCCAUGCUGCUGCUGGAGCGCGGCGCUAACAUCGAGGAGGUCAACGACGAGGGCUAUACCCCCCUCAUGGAGGCCGCCAGGGAAGGUCACGAGGAGAUGGUGGCGCUGCUGCUGGGUCAGGGCGCGGCGAUCAACGCGCAAACGGACGAGACGCAGGAGACGGCGCUGACGCUGGCCUGCUGUGGUGGCUUCCUCGAGGUGGCUGAUUUCCUUAUCAAGGCGGGCGCUGAUGCAGAGCUCGGCGCCUCCACGCCGCUCAUGGAAGCCUCGCAGGAAGGGCACCUUGAGCUCGUGAGGUACUUGCUGAACGCGGGCGCCGAUGUGCACGCGCAGACUCAGACGGGCGACACGGCGCUCACGUACGCCUGCGAGAACGGACACACGGACGUAGCAGACGUGCUGCUGCGCGCCGGUGCAGAGCUCGAGCACGAGAGCGAGGGCGGACGCACGCCGCUCAUGAAGGCCUGUCGCGCUGGACACGUCUGCACCGUACAGUUCCUCGUCGGCAAGGGUGCGGACGUGAACCGCAUGACGGCGAACGGUGAUCACACGCCGCUCUCGCUAGCGUGCGCAGGCGGGCACGCGGACGUGGUGAAGUUCCUGCUGGCGUGCGAUGCCGACCCCUUCCGCAAACUCAAGGACAACUCCACCACGCUCAUCGAGGCCGCCAAGGGCGGGCACACCGCCGUGGUCCAGCUACUGCUCGACUACCCCCACUCCGUCAUGUUGCCCAGAGGUAACCCAGCGAUAGAGGAUGGUAUGGGGUUGAGCAGCGCGCAGGCGGCGGCCCUGGGACUGUCGCACGCGCCAGCUCCGGGCGCGCCGGCUCAGCGUGCGCUACUGCCGGCUGCGCACGCGCAUACCCAUCCGCACCCGCACCCACACCCGCACCAGCAUCCACAUCCUCACCCCCACCCCCACCAUCCGCAUCCUCAUCCGCAUCCCCACACCCAUACCCACGCCAUUCCUGCUCCCGCGCCUGGCCCACCGCCUUCUCCCGCGCCCGCUCCGGUCGCGCUUCCUGCACCGGCUCCGGCCCCUGCGCCUGCGCCUGCUCCUGCUCCCGCGCCCGCGCCCUCUCCCGCGCCUGCGCCUACCUCUCUGGCUCCGUUUGCCCCCGCCCCAGCCACGCCGCCCGCGCAAGCCAAGUUGCAGACACCCCUUCCGGCACAAGCCCCCGACCUCUCGGCCAACUUUGCUAAAGUUUACCUCGAUGGUCGUAAAAAGCAAGGAGGCAAUGGAAACGGCAGCGCUGUGGCGGCGGGCUUCGACAAGGAUGCGCAGUACGCGUUCUAUGCGGGCAUGAUGGCCGGCUGGAGUGUCCCGCACGUCCCCACCCCGGCGCCCGCGCCCACGCCCACUCCGACGCCUGCGCCCACCGCAGUGGCCACGCCAACCGCCACGCCCACGGCCACGCCUCCCGCCGGCAAGCACAAGUGCCCACGCAAGCAGCGCGUCGCCCCGCCUCAGUCCGACCACCACCUGCCGCCCCCACCCGACAUACUCGAAGAACAGAUAUGCCAUCACAGUAUGGCUAAGUGUACCCCUCCGCCGGGCUUUACGUGGAGCGAUCUUAACAAGAAAUUUAAAAAUAAAAACCACAUUGAAAGAAAGCUAAAUCGAACCGAAGUGCUUACGGGUCAAUCUCGAAACACCGCACUACCUGACACGGAGAGGAACAUGCUCGAAUUAGCUGAUUCCUCUGGUCCGCCGACACUGGCCACGUCGGCGCUCCACGCACUGGACAUUCAGUUCUGCGCUCAAGGUGUGACGACAAUUCAUCCCCCCGCCACUCCACCGUACCCCCCUCCGCAACAUCUGUUCUCAGUGCAGCAACUAGCUACCAACCUCAACCAGCACCAACUCGAAGAGUUGCGGCAGCAGCUGCUGCAAAUCCAGCAUAAACAGCAGGAGGAGCAGCAGCAACAGCAGCUGCAACAACAACAGCAGCACCUGCAACAACAUCAGCUCCAGCAGCAGCAUCAGUUGGCGCACCAGCAGCAUUUGCACCAACAACAACACUUGCAACAGCAGCAGCAGAUGCACCAACAGCAGCAGAUGCAACAACACCAGCAUAUGCAUCAGCAUCAGCAACAGCAGUUGCAGCAACAACAACUGCAGCAGCAACAGCAGAUGCAACAUCAACAGCUACAGCAGCAACAAAAGAAACAGCACCAGCAACAACAGCAGCAGCAGCAAUUUACUCAAGAACAGCAAAGACCUGAACACUUUCUACCACAGCAGCAGCCGCAGCAGCAGCAGCAGCAGGUGGGCGAAGCAGGCGGCGGGUGCGUAGAGGCUCGCGAACUGAGCGCCGUGCUGCAGUAUCUGCAGCGAGAGGUGCCCUCCCUCGUUGCCUUGCCGCCGCACGAAUUGCGCUCCCUCGUGCUGCAGCAACAACAGCAACUGCAGCAACAGCACCAGCAGCAACUGCACCAGCAACAGCUGCAUCAACAGCAACAGCUGCAGCAACAACAACACAUGCAGCAACAACAGUUCCAGCAGCAUCAACAUCAACACCAACAUCAGCAUAUGCAUCAACAUCAUCGUCAUCACCAUCACCAUGCUGACAUGACGCAAAUGAACCCCGGGUGUCAGUACCGGGUGCGGCCGCCGUCGCCCGCGAGCGGUGCGAUGGGCGCGGCGGGGAUGCCGGCGGGCGUUGAGGACGCCGCCCACCACGACCUGCAGCCCUAUUUCGCUCUGCCACCUACCACCAACUUGCCAUAUGAAGACCACAGGUCGUUCGCAAAUGCCAACGUAAAUGCGGGUGUAAUGGGCGCAGGGGGCAUGACCGGUCCACCGCCGGGCAUGGGGCCGAUACCGGGCGCGCAGCAGCACGGCAAGCGCGAUGCGCCCCCGCACCACCCCAACAACGCUGUUGCUAUCAAGAAGAAGGGUCGUCUGAGUGGCGUGCGCGGGUCACGGGCCGAUUCGUUCGGAGGCGGUGCCGGAGCGGGUACGGUGGCGACCGCACAACCCGCGCCCGUCGCCUACUCCGCUAUGGAUGUGGACGGCGAGACCGACUCCAACCACGACACGGCGCUCACGCUCGCCUGCGCCGGCGGACAUGAGGACCUCGUCGAGCUGCUACUGGCUCGCGGCGCCGAUAUCGAGCAUCGAGAUAAGAAGGGAUUCACCCCUCUUAUCCUGGCCGCGACCGCGGGACACGAGAAGAUCGUUGAAGUGCUGCUGAACCACGGCGCGGACAUCGAGGCGCAGUCGGAGCGCACGAAGGACACGCCGCUGUCGCUGGCGUGCAGCGGCGGCCGCUACGAGGUGGUGGAGCUGAUCCUUAGCCGUGGCGCCAACAAGGAGCACCGCAACGUGUCCGACUACACGCCGCUCUCGCUCGCCGCCUCCGGAGGAUACGUCAACAUCAUAAGAUUGCUGCUGCACCACCAGGCUGAGAUAAACUCUCGCACGGGGUCGAAGUUGGGCAUCUCUCCGCUGAUGCUGGCGGCGAUGAAUGGGCACACGGCGGCCGUGCGGCUGCUGCUCGACUGCGGCUCUGACAUCAACGCGCAGAUCGAGACCAACCGCAACACCGCACUCACUCUCGCCUGCUUCCAAGGUCGUCACGAAGUGGUGAGCCUGUUGCUGGACCGUAAGGCGAAUGUGGAGCACCGUGCCAAGACGGGCCUGACGCCGCUCAUGGAGGCGGCGAGCGGCGGCUACGUGGAGGUGGGCCGCGUGCUACUCGACAAGGGCGCGGACGUCAACGCCCCGCCUGUGCCCUCCUCGCGCGACACGGCCCUCACCAUCGCAGCGGACAAGGGGCACAUCAAGUUCGUCGAGCUGCUGCUGCAUAGACGGGCGGCGGUGGAGGUGAAGAAUAAGAAGGGCAAUUCUCCGUUGUGGCUGGCGGCCAAUGGUGGUCACCUCGCUGUCGUCGAGAUGUUGUAUGCAGCUGGCGCGGAUAUCGACUCGCAGGACAAUAGAAAGGUAUCAUGCCUGAUGGCCGCUUUCCGUAAGGGCCACACCAAAGUAGUCAAAUGGAUGGUAGGAGUCGUCACGCAGUUCCCCUCCGACCAAGAAAUGACCAGAUACAUCUGCACGAUCUCAGACAAGGAGGUGCUGGAGAAGUGCCAGGAGUGUGUGCGCGUGAUCCGCGCGGCGAAGGAGACGCAGGCAGCGCGCGCUAACCAGAACGCCACUAUCCUGCUGGAGGAGCUGGACGCGGAGCGCUGCCGCGAGGAGAGCCGUCGUCUCGCCGCCGCGCGCCGCAGAGAGCGCAAGAAGAAGAAGAAGAUGGAGAAAAAGGAGGAGCGACGAAAGCUGCAGGAGGAGAACGACAAGAACUCGUUGUACUGCGAGAAGGCGCUAGGCGAGUGCUCUGAGGGCGGCGAGCCCGACGACGAGCCCGCCGCCAAGGAGGAGGGCGACUCCGGCAUCGACGCCAACUCGCAGGGUUCCUGUUCGUCAUCGGACGUGAAGGCUCCCCCAGCGCCUAGCACCAAGACCAAGAAAAAGAAGAAGGAGGACAAGACUGCACCCCCGCCCGCCGCGCCCCCCGCACCUCCCAACAAGAAACAACCCGAUAAGGCCAAAAGCAAGUUAGAAACGAAAGUGGAGAAAGAGAGCGUUGGUAAGACGGACAAGAAGCAAGAGAAGGAGAACGUGGCGCCCAGCUCUCCACCCGCCACGCCGGCCAAGCCCGCGCCGCGCACAGAGCGCAAAGAAAAAAAACCCGAAGAGGAUAUACCUAAGAGUAUAACAGUACAGAACGUAAACAAAUUCGGCAGUAGCUCGAGAAAGAGCCAAGUGUUUGAAUCGACACGACUUAAUGUGGACAAGGACGAUGUCGAUGCUAUAGACAAAACUAAAAAGAUACACACAAACCAUCAAUGGGAGAUGGAGGGCAAGAGCACAUCGCCGAAGAGCGGGUGUGUGACUGGACGGCGCGAGGAGGGCUGGAAGGAGGUGGUGCGCAAGUCCAGCGUGCAGACUCUCUCCGCCGUAGAGCCUGGGUGCAAGAAGGUAUCUGUGGGUUCGCACGCUAUCUCGCGUGUGAUUGGUCGCGCCGGCAGUAACAUCAACGCCAUCCGCUCCGCCACCGGCGCACACAUCGAGGUCGACAAGCAGGGCAAGGGACAGGGCGAGCGUAUCAUCACCAUCAAGGGUUCUGCUGAGGCGACAAAGCAGGCGGCGAGCCUGAUCGCGGCAAUGAUCCGUGACCCCGAGGCCGACAUCGCGCAGCUGCUGCCGCGCGCCAAGCUGCCCGCUCCGCCACCGCAGCCGCCGCAACCCAAGCCUCCCAAGCAACCGCCGCCAAAGUUGUUGUGCGAGCAGGCCGGCGCUGUGACCUCCACGAGCGGCCCGAGCGGCGCCGCCAACCGCGCUACGCCCACAUCGCGCGCCCCCGCCAAGCAGCACGCCGUAGCGCGCCCCGCCCCGCCGCGCCUGCACCCACAACCUAUCCCAGUGACCGAGAAGCGGACUGUGGUGUCAAGCGCGGCGAGCGGCGUACCGAGCAUGCCUACAACGAGCAGCGCCGCCGUGGCUAGCCCGGCCAGCGCGCCUACCAAGCCUGGCGCCCUCUCAUACACGGGCGCGAUUGUUGGUGCGCGCGGACACACCUUCGCAGCCAAGGUGGCGCCCGCAACCGCGUCCGUCGGUGCCCCGCCCCCAGACAACAAGCCACAUACACAGACAGCGACGGCAGCAAGCAGCCCCGGCAGCAGCGCAGCGCCACUUGGAUCCCCACUAAAGACGCGCGAGUCUCCACCAGCGCCCACACCCAACAAGGGUGAGGAGGCGGCGCACAGUCCUGAUGGCAGCUGGCCGCAAUCCGCCCCAGACGAUACGCCCACCUCAGCCGCUCUGCACAUCAACACGACGCCCCAGUCUAGCGGCGGAGGCGGCGGUGGCGGCGCGCCGGAGUACUCGCUGUUCAAGGACCUGUCGAUCGCUGCGGGCGGCAGCAUGUGGGGCGCCGGCGACGCGCACCACACCGUCGAACCCUUGCCGCCACAGACGAUGUCGUGUCCGGUGGACGCGAGCAAGGCGCCUGGGUACCGCGGCGGUGCUGGCGGAUGUUCGCCGUGCUCGCGCGCUUCCUCGCACGGUUCCACUCCACCGCCGGCGUAUGCACCGACCGCGGCCCCGCCCACGCCCGCGUAUCAUGCUCCCAUGCCCAUCGGUCCACCGCCGCAUCAGCACCAGCACCAACAGCAGCAUCAACAACACCAACAGCAUCAGCAGCUGCCGCCGGCAUCGCUGGGCAACACUGUGAACGCAAUGGAUUUAAGCGGCUUAUCUCGCAACGGACCCAUCUACCAACAAGACAACUCAAGAAAUGGACACAACAUGAUGCCGGUGUCGAUGUCGGGCAACGUGGGCGGUGUGGGCAGCGUGGGCAUGAGCAGCGCGGCACUGGGGCUGGGCUACGUGGGCGUUGAGGGCGUGUCUCGCCUCAACCCCCGCGCCCCUGACUUUGCACAGCGCCAUCCCCUGCUGCAGCACAAGCAUGCCGCACAGCAGCUGUUCGCGGGCGGUAACAACGCGGGCAACCUGAGCACACUGCUGAUGUCAUACCAGCAGCCGGCUCCCAAGACCGCGCAGCACACCCCGCACUCCUCCCACACCCCGCAUGCACCGCACACGCCGCAGCCACACCACCCCUACCAGUCGCUGCUGGAGCGUGGAGUGGGUGGCGGCGGAUGGGGCGAAGAAGAAGAACGCAAGCCCCGCCCCAUCGGCACGGAGCGCGCGUGGAAGCUGACUGCCGGCGAGGACUGGCCGCACUCCGCGCACGCGCACGCGCACGCGCAUGGGUCGCAGCAUCACGCGCACCUACCCGACCACGAUAGAUACCAGGGUGUGAGCGGGAUGAGCGGAGUAGGCAUGGGCGGCGUGGGGGGUGUGGGCGGAGUAGGCGUAGGCUCUCACGGGCUGGAGGCGUACGGGGGCGGCGCUGCGGCGGCCGCGCUGUCUCUGAUGCACGCGCUGCCGCUGCACUAUCUGCCGUCGGAGCAGCCGCCGCAGCACUGGGACCAGCAGCAGCACCCCCAACAGCACCACGCCGCUGAAAAACAGCAAACGUGGAGCAAGUGGACGCACUAAGCGACGUGGGCAGCAACCUCGAGGAUUAUAUGUAACUGUAACCCUUGAAUCGGUGUAGAUAUUAGUGAGAAAGAAUUAUAUUAUACAGAUUAUCUAUAUACAUAAUAGAGAAAAUGUCCUAUCGAGAUGAGACCCGUACUGUACGACCGACUGAAGUGUAAGCGAUACUUGUGCCAGUCGAGGGGCAGCAGUGCCGCCGCGCAGCCCGCACUGCCCGCACUGCCAGCACUCUAUACUAUGUGUUACGGCAUAAUAACAUAUUCAUUUUGGAUGAUACGCAAACUGGCCGAUUAUUAAACGUGUAUUAAUAAAUUUGCUUGUACAUGAAGAUUAAAUAUCAUAUAUUGAUGCACUGUACCAACUGCUGUUUUUAAUACCACCUACUCUAUAUCUCUCUAUAUUCUCGAUAUUUUUUUUGUUUCUUAAAUAGGUUUUAUUUGGGUAAUGUGUAUAUUUAACUUAAAUUAUUUACCGAGCAGCUGCUUGUGUCUCGAAUACAAUGAAACGCGAAUUGCGCGGUAAGUUAUAGGCAAAUAAAGCGAUGUCGAAAUAUA